GCCGCGCAAACAUGUGUCAGAAUUAUUAAACGUCAUUUCUUGGUUUCAAGUUUUGUAAACGUUCAAUAAGUGUGAUUUGCCUUAAUUUUGUUUAUUUUGGAUGUUAAAAAAUUGAAUAAAAUGGCGCCUUUAACAUCCAAAUUAGUUACCGCAAUUCUAUUAUUAACGAUACAAAUAACAACAUCAGUUAAAUCAAACUCAAGACCUGUAUACGAAGUAAUCAACGAACAAUCCAAAGCUGAAGAGAGGCAAAUCAAAACAAGCGCUGUCGCCAACUUACCAUACGGAAACCCAUUAGCUGACAACUCACAACAGAAUGCCAAACUACACGCUUACAAUCAACAAGCUAUGUUCAACGCUGAGAGAGUAAGGCAACAUAAAGCACAAAUACAACAACAACAAAGAUGGUUAAAGACACCACAAUUGGUACAUAACUAUAUGCGAGCUUAUCAAGAAUCAGAGGAGAACCAUCAAUUAGCUUUAGAAAAAGAACAAGCUAAAAACGAUACAAUAGAAACUAAAAAACCAACAAAAGAUACAAUAAAACUAGAAACAGUCAAGGAAAGGAAAAGAAAACACAGAUCGUACGGAUCAAUUGCAUAUCAAACAACAAAUAUACCUGAUAAUAUCAUUUUAAAUCCUAAUAUAAUAAAUAAAAUGGUUAUUAUACCAAAAUUAAUACAACCACAAUAUGAUACUCAUAGUCAUCAAUCAGUGCAAGAUAUUGAAACAUUAAAUUCUUUAUUAAAUAAAAAUCCUAACGUACAAUUAACUGAAUUCAAUGCGUUAAUAAACAAACCAAAAAUCAAUAUUAACAAUGAUAAAGAAUUAGAAACACCUAUUGAUUUAUAUUAUCAUUUAAAACCAUCAAAAUCUUUCAUACAUACACAUAAAGGAAAUAUAAUAAUAAAAGAACAAACAGAAUACCAAACAGAAGAACCAAGGUACAAUGAAGCAGUAACAAAAGAAAUAAAUUAUAUUAAUAAAGAACUAAUAAAUACCGACUACAUUCCAUUAUACGAAGAAGAUAAAACAAAAGAAGUAGAAGAACAAAGAUAUCAAGUAUAUGAACCUAUUUAUAACCAUAAAGAAGAUAAAACUGAAGAAUUAAACGAAAUAUAUUUAAAUAAAGAUGGCUCCCGUAUGUCAGCAUAUGAUGAAAACCUCAACUACGCUUCUAGCUACGAAUUCGGAUACAGAGUACGUGACAUGCACAGCGGGAAUAACUUCGGUCAUCAAGAAGAGAAGAAAGGAGAAGAGACGAAUGGACAAUACCAUGUUCUUCUACCGGACGGGAGAAUGCAGAAUGUAAGAUAUUCAGCAGGUCCCGAAGGUUUUCAUGCUGAUAUCUCUUACGAUCACUAAUUUCUAUAAAUAGGUAGAUUGCUUGGAAAUGAUCACUUUAUGUUCCGACUAAAUCGCGCCUGUUGAUGUUACUGACAGUUAAUUCUACCUAGUGCGAAUUCUCACGUGCUAGCAACCGUCAGCGCCGAAAUGGCGGAAAUCAAAUGGGCACGAAAUAACAAGGUUUAUAGCCUUUCCAUGUAUAGAGGUCAUUGCU